AUGGGUAACUCCCAGACAAAGGAGUCACGCUCCGCGGUCCCAUCCCGUCGCCGAAGUCAUCAAUGGUCCCCCGGCACUUCCGAGGCCUCAAGUCGUCCAUAUCAAGGGUCUCGGUCGGCAAGAGGAAGUCGGCCGGACCUGUCGAUCUUGGGGAUCGGGAGCAGUCAUGAUCGAGAUGUGGCCACACUAGAGCAUCGACGGGAAACAAAACAAGAGCGUGAGGCCCGCCGCCUCGAGAAGGAACGGGUGGCCCGUCUCAAGGAACGAGAGCGCAGUAUGAAGGAGGAGCAUGUCGAUGGAGGCUAUCUGGUGACACAGGGUGUGUACGUUGGGACAGAAGACUUCAACAAGGCAGUGGUGCGCCAACUAAUGAUUGAACGCCGAUUAGCUCCCUUCUGGAGGGGCCUCAACGACUUCUCGGAGUCAUGGGCGGAGCAUCAACUCAUGGCAGCUGCCCGAGGCAUGCCCAUCCCUCCGCCCGAUGAGAUCCCGCCCGAGCUAGAGUACACCCUACCCAAGGCUGCGGACAAGUCGCCUGCCGAUGCGACGAAUAUCCAGCACCUAAUGGUGCCGAUCACAUCCAGGUCGCAAUCCUAUAAUUCAGACCAUUCGCAACCUUCCAACCCCGCUCAGUCAUUACCCACCGCCUCCCCGAUUGCAUCAGGGACGUCGACCUCUCCUCUCUUCCGAACGAGGGCGAAGACUCUGGCUGCUCUGACUACAUCCUCCAAACAUAACUCACAGACAGAUCUCACUCCUCGAGAGCUGCAACUCCCCAAGGAUCCGUUUGUUAACGGACAGCCGAUCGAAGUCAACUUGUACAAAGACGCAAGCGAAUGUCCUAUCUGUUUCCUCUACUACCCGCCAUAUCUGAACCGCACGCGAUGCUGCGAUCAGCCUAUUUGCUCGGAGUGCUUUGUGCAGAUCAAGCGUCCAGAUCCGCACCCUCCAGAGCACGGCGAGCCUGAUCCGAACACUCCUGCUCCCGCUGAGGGAGAACAGGCGGAGGAGUCGCAGCUGGUUUCGGGGCCCUCUUCGUGUCCCUUCUGUGUCCAGCCGGAGUUCGGAGUCACCUACGCACCGCCCUCUUUCCGUCGCGGCCUGACUUAUGGAGCGGAUCCCAGCGCUCGUUCGCCCAACUUCACUUCUCCUGUAUCUUCUACAUCAUCUCUGUCAUCUGCAACUGCAGCCAUUCCAGGUCGCCGCCGGGCCACCUCACUAUCCGCCAGUGACCCUGGUGUGGUCACAACAGACAGGAUUCGCCCCGACUGGGCCACGAAACUCGCAAACGCCAGAGCCCAUGCGGCACGACGAUCGGCCGCAGCGACUGCUCUCCACACAGCUGCUUACUUGAUUAAUCCCAGUGCAUCUGGGAGUGACUCACGUGGCUUUGGCAUUGGACGCCGGGGACUUCGAAGGGCUACUAAUGGAGAAGGGUAUACCGGCCGGUCCGGAUCGCCCGCUCUCAAUGCCCUCGCUUUCUUGACAGAGCGAACAGAGCGAACGACGCCUCGUGCAACUGCACAAGACACUGAUUCUGCUUCGGCCGAAGAAGGGUCUGGUAACCUGGCGGCCCCGCGGUCCAGUUCAAGACGUAAUCGAAUUGAUGAUCUUGAAGAAAUGAUGAUGAUGGAAGCUAUUCGAUUGAGUUUGGCUAGCGAGGAUGAGCGCCUCAAACGGGAGGAGAAAGAGGCAAGAAAGGAGGCUAAGAAGAGGGAGAAGGAGAAGGAGAAAGAAGCUAAGAAAGCGGAUAAGGUGGCUCGCAAGACCGGCUUGUACAGCAAUAAUGCUAGCACCUCCGCAUUGGACGUUCCUGGCGAGCCUGCCUUAGGCAAGGUGACCAGUAGUUCAUCCUCUGUCAUAGGCGAGGAUGUCAUUGGUGAAGAAAUAGCUGCUGCGAACAAGGGCAAGGGAGUCGAUCGUGCAUCGCCGAGUACACAAGAACCAACACCUUUGCCCUCUAAUAGCCUUGCUCCGCCUGAUCAAACUCCAUCUGAGCCAUCGCGACCCUCCCACCUGCGACAUGUCUCCAGUGCGUCCUCGUCCUUUUCCUCCCUCAUUGAAAACACGCCGGAAGAGCGUACCGGCAGCCAUCCCGCAGCUGAUAGCAACACGUCCCUCGAGCCAAUGUUGAACUUCCGCAGUCUGGCUGCUGUCAUUGGAGAUGAAGAGAAAAUGGAUGAAUCUGCGGAGCACGUGGAGGAUACCCUGAACAAGCCGCAGGCAGAGGGUUCCUCUUCGAGUGCAGCUCCCUCGGUCCAUCAGCCCCCAACAGACGCAAGCCCUGAAACGGCACCGGUUGUUGAGUCGCACACAGAGGCUGAGGAUGACCAUGCCGGUAUGCUACCCAAGGAACUUGAGACUCGCUCUGUUGAGAUCACAAGUCCUUCGACACGUCCGGAGGCAACCUCAUGA